AUGACUCAGGAGAAGAGAUCGACGACAACUCUAUUUCGGAACGUCGUAGAACAACCAGAUUAUGAUAGUACCAGAGAAGCACAUCAAGAGUCACCCAGGGCCGAGCUUACACACGAUACUUAUAAAGCUGUUGAUAAAUUCUGGGAGGUGAAUUUCGAAAAUAAAAGCUGGUAUGGUCUAACCACUUACAUUUGGGAGAGAUAUCGCGACAUGGGUCAAUGUGGAAAUGACCACGUAUUCAGUGACAACAUGGGUGAUCAAGCAAUGAUAGAUUGGUUCAAAGCUUUCCACAGGAUAUACUUGGAACCAUGUAGAGUCCAACCAACAAAUCCCAACAAGCUUCCUACGUUUAGAAACCAUAACGAAUUUAUGCGCGGAAAAUUUACUUCUACUUCUACUGCAAUUCAGAUGGAUGGUAGUCGACGUAACCGGCAAGUGGAUGUCUUUGUUGAGCAUUACGACAACCCUGUUGGUUGGGGUCAUCACUGGAGGGAUGUGUGGGUAGUGGGCGAGUUCACGAAGGCGGCAGCCAAAAAAGAGUUUAAAUUCCACCAGCUCAUGCUGUGUGUGCGUGAAGUAUUUUACGCUCAGCCAUUGCGUCGAUUCGUUCAUGGAUUUGUCUUGCACAAGAGGCACGUUGUUUUCUGGAUUAUCGACAGGUCAGGAGCGUAUAGCUCUAGUGAAAUUAACGUGAUCAAUGACCAAGAAAUAUUGUCCAGGGUCCUUACGGCUUACACGAUCAUGAGUGACGAAGAGCUUGGCCUCGACACGACUAUCUUUCGUUACAACGAACGCUCCUUCGUCCAAAUUCGAUUUGACGAUUUGGCGCCUGAAAGAUGGGUCGAGAUCAAUCCUGAACCAGUAACCCGACCUGAGACUGUGCUGUCACGUGGUAACCUCUGCUACCAGACGAUGGACAUGAAAUACUUGAUCAAGUUUUCAUGGGGCUCGGGCGCGGAACAAUCAGAGAUCGAUUUCUUGAACGCCGCACGAGCGGUAAUAGGUGUCGCUGAUCUUGAAUGGGCAGAGCGGAUAUAUCAGGUUGAAAGUCACCGCGAGGGACUAGACUUUUCGACCGGAACAAGGUGGGACAUGGGAGUGAAGAAUUGGCUUUCCAUUGGCCCAGAGGGCGCACCAGAAGAAUAUUUCAAGAAACGAAAACUCACUCUUGCCGUCAUCUCUCCUUACGGUUGA